AUCUGCCCAUGAGCACCUUACAGUAUGCAGUGCAAAAUCUCAUCCCCAUCUGUAUUUGUUCUCCUGCUUCAGCUGUCAGCAAUGCUUCAUAUCUGCACUGGUAUACCUGAGUCUGCAGAUUUGCGUUGCCAGUGUAUCAAUACUGUCAGAGUGUUAAAACCUAUUGACAAGAAGCAAGUUAUGAAACUAGAACUUUUUAACAGUGGUCCUCAUUGCUCCAGAGCAGAAGUUAUUCUUACAUUGAAAAAUGGGUAUAAAAGCUGUUUAAAUCCGGAAGUCAAGUGGGUGAAACGCAUGGUCGAUAAUAUUCUUAAGAAAAAGGGCAUCAAGAAAAAAGUAAUGCUACAACAUCAGAGUUCAGAUACGUUACACUAAAGUCCACUCCUGGCUUCAAGGCAUGUACCACAGACAGAGAACAACUGAGAUUUUUUAUUUAUUUUUUAUCACAGGGCAAAAUAUAAUGGAUAUACAAUCUUAAAUCUGGUAGCAACUCUGAAGUCUAUGAUGUG